AUGACCACUCCAUUUCCCCCAGAAACAAUUGAGAAAAUUUUCAAGAAUCUUGACACCAAAUCAUUGUACUCUUCUGCAUUGGUCAAUCGCAAAUGGUGUAGGAAUGCGGUGGAUUUAUUAUGGCAAAAUCCAUUGGAACUGGCUUGCACCUGUCGAUCGAAAGCGAUUUCCAUCGUGAAAACGUAUCUCUCUUGCCUACCGGAUAAAUCAAAACAUAAAUUACACAAUGCAGGAGUUGAUUUCAUUCAUGAUUUAACAUCGAGCCCGUCCUUUAAAUAUGCAUCCUUCCUAAAUAAAUUGAAUUAUUCAUUAGUAAUAAAAUCUAUUGGCUAUCUGCUUUCGUCAAACAUAAAAGGAAGUGAUAUUGAAAAUUAUCUGAGAUGCAUCUUUGUUGAACUAUGUGAACUUUUUUUCGGUCAGAGCAGACGCCUGAGAUCAUUUGAGUAUGUGACCGGGGGUUGGGACUUUGAUGGAAUGGAUAAAGGCGAUUACGUGGAUUUGCAGGAUUUACGUGGGGCCGAUAUGUUUUUCGCAAAUCUACAAAGAUUCUCUUGUCGAGGUAAAAUUCCACCCGACCUAGUUGAUUCCAUAUCCCAGAAGUCAAACGCCCUUAGAAAUCUAGAGGUCUGUCAAGCGAAUAACGAGGACGCCAUUUUAAAGUUGAUGAAUGCCAAAUACAAAUUACAUCAGUUAACAAUAACCGAAUUUGUUGAUACACCGGAGAUCAGUUCAGCGCUCAUUAGAAAUUCCAAAAGUCUCCGAAGAGCGGUCAUUCACGGGAAACUAGAUAGAUCCCUGACGGUUUUUACCCAAUUCUCAAAUCUCGAGGAAUUGUCACUGAUAUAUUAUCCGCUUCCAGAAAUUCCCGAGAGUCUUUCUCUAGCCCAGGUUUUUGCGUACUUGCAGGCAAGGACGCAAAGUUUAUUGGCACCAGCGACUGAAGUGAGAGUGGUCCCAGUGCAUGCGCAAAGGCGAAGAAGCAUGCCCUCAGAUGGCGCUCAAGAAGAUUUAUCGUGCCUGAGAGAAUCAGGGAUAAUGAAGAAUGUGAACAUGCAGCUACGUGUGUCUCAUUCCUAUGCUUUGCAAAUUCAAAUAGAAAAUCAGAUCCGAAGAAGUCGAUCACGACAUUCCUUGCCGUCGCAAAUUUGCCCACCAGAAACUUUGAAAUGUUUCUUAAAUUCGAAUUUAACCACUCUCGCCAAACUCGAAAUUUAUCUCAAAGAUCAAUUCCUUCAAAAUUUUGUUCAUUUGAUCCGGAAUAGCAGAGGAAACUUACGAGUAAUUAACCUAAUAAUUUUAAAUCCGCCCGAUCCGCAGAAUUCAUCAAACCUAUUCACCACGAUCAUCAACAAUUGUCCAAAGCUUAUCGAGCUUAGUUUAGAGAUUCCGAACGAAUCGAUCACCGAGAUCCCAGAUUUAUUCAAGAAGUGUCCAUCACUCGAGGCGAUUCACCUGCUGGGAAACCCCAUCGAAAGGGUGGAUAUUAGUGAAUUGUUGGUGCACGAAUUGGCACCACUCAUUCCUUUCAAUCUAAAAAGCCUUAGCUUGGGACCAUUCUUUUGGACUUAUACAAAAGACGCCAUUAAUAGUUUCAUGAAAGGCUGUGAAACCAGAUUGAAGGAUCGACCGUGUGAUUUUACUAUUGGGUAUAAUUUACCAGGGAACGUUGCAACGGUGCUAGUGUUUUAUAAAACUAGAGGAUUAAUAAAUUUGGUUAAGGGUUAA